CCUGGUCCCGGUCCCGUUACGGCUGGCUCUCUGCCCCGGCCUCUGUGCGGGACUCUGCCCGGCUCGGAGCGCCUGUGUCCGGCCUGCGGAGCCGCUGCGGCUCGGAGCGGCGGAGCUGCAGGCGGAGGAGAAGUGUUUGUGUAGAUGCGCCGACCGUCCACCUUCUGGAGGAAGUUGGCUUGGCCCGGUGCAUCAUGGGAUCUGCGGUCUUCUCCAUGCUCUUCCUCAUCUCCCUGGUGACGGUGUGUCCUGCAGGUGGCACUGUGCUGUGUCCUCUGCAGUGUGUGUGUGAGACGCGACCCUGGUACACUCCUCAGUCAGUGUAUCACCAGGCAAGGACGGUCGACUGCAACGAGCUGCACCUGCAGAGAGUCCCGGCAAACAUCUCCGCUGACACGCAGCUGCUGUUGCUGCAGAGCAACAACAUCUCCUCCAUCACCACUGAGCUGCAGAGUCUGACCAACCUGACAGAGCUCGACCUGUCUCAGAACCACUUCACUCAGGUGAGCUCCAUGGGUCUGUCCUCUCUGGGCCGCCUGGUCACUCUGUACCUGGAGGAGAACCACAUCGAGGAGCUGGAGGACUUCAGCCUGAGGAACCUGUCCAGUCUGGAGGAGCUCUACAUCAACCACAACCACAUCUCCUCCAUCGGACCCAAAGCCUUCGCUGGCCUCACCAACCUGCUGAGGCUCCACCUCAACUCCAACCAUCUUGUGGCCAUCGACAGUCGCUGGUUCGAGUCCCUGCCAUCCCUGGAGAUCCUGAUGAUUGGAGAGAACCCCAUCCUGGGUUUGGAGGAGAAGAACUUCCUGCCCCUAUCCCGCCUCCACAGCCUGGUCCUGGCUGGGAUGGGUCUGGCCUCCGUCCCAUCUGCCGCCUUCCUGGGCCUCGACUACCUGGAGAGCCUCUCCUUCUAUGACAACCGGCUCAGGUCUGUUCCCAGGGACGCUCUGAGCGUGCUCCCAAACCUCAAGUUCCUGGACCUGAACAGGAACCCAAUCAGUCGAGUCCAGCAGGGAGAUUUCCAGAACCUUCAACACCUGGAGGAGCUCAGUCUGAACAACAUGGAGGAGCUGCUGAUGGUGGAGCGAGCAGCUUUCCAGAACCUUCCAGAAAUCGCCAAACUGGAGCUCUGCAACAACCCAAAGUUGUCGUACAUCGACCCGCAGGCCUUCAGCGACCUGUCGUCCCUCCGGACCCUCCUCCUCCACAGUAACCAGCUGAGCCUGCUGUCGGGGGACAUCCUGUCCUCGCUGUCCUCCCUGGAGGAGGUGUCUCUGCACUCCAACCCGCUGCGCUGCGACUGCCUGUCUUCCUGGGGACCUCACCUGGGCAACCAGUCGCACCUGAAGCUGCUCGAGGCCCCCAUCACCCUCUGCUCCUCCCCGCCGCACCUGAUUGGCCGGGAGCUGCAGGAAGUGGUGGCAGCCGGCUGGGGAGGGGGCGGGGCCAACAGCUGCCUGCCCCACAUCUCCCCCCACGCCUUCCCCCCCGCCAUGAACGUCAGCGCCGGGCAGCCAAUCACGCUGGAGUGCUGGGCAGAUGCAGACCCCGUCCCCCAGUUCUAUUGGGUGACGCCUAACGGAGACAAGGUGAGUUCAGAGGCGAUGACUGCACCAAUCAUCUCGGAGGAGGGGCGUGGCCUGAGCUGGAGGAAAAGGAAGCACCGAGUGUCUGAACCUGGAGCUCUGGUCAUCGAACACGCCGAGCCGUCGGACGCAGGUGUGUACACCUGUGUGGCCUGGAACGCCGAGGGAGCCGACACCAAGAGCGUCUCCGUGUCCGUGGACUCUGAGGGGGGCUGGAGGGGCGACGAGCCCAGCAGAGAGCAGCUGUGGCCGGGCAACACGUCCAGCGCUGCAGCCUCCCUGGUGGUUCUGGCCAAGGUGGUUCACGCCCAGUCGGUGGUUCUGGAGUGGAGGUUGUAUCCCAGCAGAGGAGCCUCGUCUGUGGGUCAGGCCCAGCAGGACGUCCCCGUCCCUCUGCCCCACUGGACCAGCGCCACCAUCUACAUCGACAACCCGACCAUCAGCUACACGGCAAAGGUUCCUGUUGACGUUCAGGAGUACAAUGUGACUCACCUGCUUCCUGCCACCCAAUACCAUGUCUGCCUGACCAUCUCCUCCACCCCCACCUCCUCCUUUAGCUCCUCCCCCUCCCCCAUCCCCUCCUCCUCCUCGACCCUCCCCCCGGCGCCAGUCCACACUUCCUGUCUGAACGUCACCACCAAGGACUCAGGCUUCUCGGUGGAGCUGGUGGCGUCGCGGCGCAGCAGCGUGGCGCUGGCGGCUGUCAUGGGCUCCAUGUUCGCCCUGUCCAUCAUGGCACUGCUGGUGGUCUACAUGGGCCGCCGCAUCCAGCAGCACAAGUCCUGUGGACACUCACUGAAGAAGUACAUGCAGCACGCCACGUCCAUCCCAUUGAACGAGCUGUACCCACCGCUCAUCACACUGUGGGAGAGCGAGGCCGAGAAGGACAAGGACAACCAGGAGGACGAGCAGGAGGGCGGCGACAGAGGGGCGGAGCCUGGGGGCGGCCAGAUCGACACCACCAAGACCUACAUGUGGUAGCCGGGGGGGGGGAUGGGGCGGAGCCACAGGAUGGACCAAUCAGCUGCUUCCUUCAUGUUUCAGCCCAUAAACAACAAACACGGCUGCUCAUCAGUUUCAGUUAUUGAUCCGACUGAUCUCCAGCAUUCAAACUCCGCUGCUGCCUUCAACUCUUCAGUCCUUUAUUCUUUGAAAAUUUACUUCAAGUAAUUUAAUUUAUUCAGCUUUAUUGUCAAACACAUAAAACUUCCUGAAACACAAAGCAAAUGAUAAAUUAACAAGAAAAUGAAGAAAAAGUCUAUUUUUUAAAUUGAGCAAAAUCUGUCUGUGAUGUUUUCAGGAAAGUUAUCUCUUUUAUGUAAAUUAAUUUUUCUACAGAAACCGAAUUUGUCCAUUUUGUUUGUAAAUAUGUAUAAAUAUAGACACUGAAAUUUCAAAAAACCUCCUAUAGGAGAAAUUCUUCAUCUCAAUAAGAUGUUCCUCUAUUAAUGAACAUCUCAAACACUACUGUUUCAAAAAUGGGAGCCACUUCAAUGUAGUUUUUAUCAAUGGAGAAUGUAAAAUAAGUCAUCUUAUAGCACCACGUGACGACGUAGUCAUCCGCUCUGCUCACCAGCUAGUUCCACAUAACCAGUUCUGAUGUAACCAUGAAACAGCAUGCGUCGUAAACCGAAGACCCCCUAUUACUGGCACCAUUUUCCAGCAUAAUGCACACUUCGAGUAUCGUAGAUCAUCUGUAGUUCCUGGUUGUUCCACCAGAUGGAGCCUCUUCCUGUUUAAUGCUGUAGAGACCAGAGGAGGCGUCACUCAGACCACAGUUAAUGUUAAAGCAGAGAGCAUUGUGGGAGUUUAGCAGCAACGGGCUCCAUGACAAAGACUUCUGUGAGGUUAAUGACCUCCAACCAGAGCUGAUGUGAGAAUGUUCUUCCUACACCAUCUUUUAGUUGUAGGAGCUUCAGGAGAAACCAGCUGGACUUCUCUGAAUGAUGUUUCAGACGUCUUCCAGAGAACUCCGGUUGGAUUCUACUGGUUUCACCAUGACAAAGACUUCACAGGAGGUUAAUGACCUCCAACCAUGUCAUCUACACUACUGUUCAAAAGUUAGGGGUCAUUUAGAAAUGUCCUUAUUUUUGAAAGAAAAGCAUUUUCUUUCAAUGGAGAAUGUAAACAAAGUUGUCUUAUAGCACCACAUGAUGACGUAUUCGUCCGCUCCACUCGCCAGCUAGUUCCACGUAACCAGUUCUGACAUAACGAUGAAAUGGCAUGCGUCGUAAACCGAGGACCGCCUGUUACUGGCACCAUUUUCUGACAUAAUGUACACGUCAGGUAUCAUAGGUUAGCUGUAGUUCCUGGUUGUUCCACCAGGUGGAGCCCCUUCCUGUUUAAUGCUGUAGAGACCAGAGGCGGCAUCAGCUAGGAACAGGCACCAUGACAGAGUUCAUGGACUUCUAAAGACGUUAAUGACCUCCAACCAGAACUGAUGGGAGAAUGUUCUUCCUACACCACCUUUUAGUUGUAGGAGCUUUCACCAUGAUCACCAGGACCUGGAUGAGUUUAGCAGCAAUGGGCACCAUGACAAAGACUUCUGUGGAGGUUAAUGCCCUCCAACCAUGUCAUAUACUCCACCGUUCCAAAGUUUGGGGUCACUUAGAAAUAUCUUUAUUUUUGAAAGAAAAGCCUUUUUUUUCCCAUGAAGAUAACAUGAAAUGAAUAAUAAAUCCAGUGUAGACGUUGUUAAUGUGGUAAAUGACUAUUCUAGCUGGAAACAGCUGAUUUUUAAUGGAAUAUCUCCAUAGGGGUACAGAGGAACAUUUCCAGCAACCAUCACUCCUGUGUUCUCGGGCCUGGGAGAGUGUCUCAGAAACUUAGAACCAGGAACCAGAGGUUACCGAGAACUUGAUGAAAGACCCUGUACCCCUCUCACUUUACUGCAAGGUCCUUCAGUUAUUUCAAGGAACUAUAGAACCCUCUGGUAUCCCAAAGAGCCACAUGGUGGAUGUUUAGAACCUCCUGAAACCCUGAAAAUUCCCCCAAAGUCUAAUGCUACAUUGUGUUAGCUAGUGAUGUUGAAAGGCUAAUUGAUGAUUGGAAAACCCUUGUGCAAUAAAAAUGUGAGUUUUCAUGGAAAACAUGAAAUUGUCUGCGUGACCCCAGACUUUUGAGCAGUAGUUUACGUAUAAAUAUAGAAACUAAAUUUCAAAAAAGCUCCUAAAGAAGAGAUUCUUAAUCCCAACAAGACUUUCCUCCAUAUGUAUAAAUAUAUAUGAAUAUAAACCGACUUCAGCGUCACUGUCGUGUUUGAAUCUCAAACUUGUGUCUAAAUUAGCAAAAAUAUGUUUAACUCUGCAGGUUUCUGGAAGGACGCCGUGUUUCUUACAAGAAAUAUAUUUAAUAGAGAAAAUAAAUCCGAUCAUUCACUUUUUCUCUUUAUCUGCUUCAUACUUUUAUUAAACCAAACACUGAAUGUUUUUAGUGUUUCCUCUCCUGGAUGGAAACAGCUGCUGCUCUCAUAUUUCGUUUUUUUUGGGCUGAAACAUGAAAAAGCAGCUUUAAGUUUCUGUUCUGAGCAGCUUCUUCUGUCCAAACGGACAAACAGACGGAUGGAAAUGUCGCCGAUCGGCUGCUUCAGACGAUUCUUCCUCCAGAUGUUUCCACCUCCGUCUAUGGGACUGUUAAUAAACCACAUUAUUGUAAUUUAGUUCAUGUUUGAACACGACCACAGCACCGACACUCAGCACAGAACCAGGAGGAUUUACUGUCCAGGAGGUCCAAGGUCCAGAAGUCACCAGAACCCCUCAGAGAACGGAAACGAAGUUGAAACAUCAGCAGCAGAUUAACCAAACUCAUUAAAUUCUGUGUUAAAGUUGUUUUGUCGACCAUUAACUGCAGGUCAGCGUAGCUCUCAUGUUACUUAAUAGAUGUGCUUCUCUCAGGAUAUUUCUGAGUUUUAGUUCCAGAACUUUCUGAGUGAUUCUUCGUCUUCUAAAAAUUCGAUUUUAUAGUUUUAAACUGAUGAAGCUCAGAGUCUUUAGGAGGAGCUCAGGGUGGAUGGAGACCAUCGACAAAAACACUUGGUGGUUUUAGUUAAAUCAAAAUCAAUCUCACUGGCUGCGUUUCCGUACUUUUAUUUUGAAGUCUGAUAUUUGAUUAAAGGAAUCAACUAAAUUUGAAAAAACUUCCUCAGAUUCGUUUCUUUAGACGUAGUUUUCAAGGUUUUCUCUAAAAAGAUUUAAUGAGCUUCACCUUCUCUGCUUAACAAACAUUUUCUUCUUCUUCUUUGAGUGUUUUUUUAGCGUUUGGCAAACAGCUGGUUUUGUUGAUGUCCAGCGACGUGUAGCGUAGCGCCACCUUCAGAUGAAGCCAUUAACGUAACACAGACAAAUUCACUUUUACAGAUCUGUUUUUCAAGUUUGCUUCAAAUUUGCAAACGUUGCUGCAAGAUCAUUCAAUUUUCCUGACAUAAAAGAUGUUCUAAUUAACAACCCUUUUGUUUUUAUUAGAAUCUGAUCGCAAUCUAUCAAAGCUAAGCCCUGCCCCUUCCUGUGUUGCACUUCUUUUAUCGUAAGUAUAUUUAAAUAGAUGUUUAAACCUGAAAAUUUCCAAAGAAAUGAGACAAAACUAUAAAACAUAACAAGUCUUUUAUAAAAACCAGCGUUUAUGUCUAAAACAUGGAGUGUUCCAAAAUGAAAAAUAUUCCCAUAUUUUAAAACAAUGAUAUUUUAGUUUUACUUGAAGAACCAAAUAAUCAAAUUGUUAAUCUGUGCUCAAAGAUUGGACUUCAAUUUAUUUCUUAUUUCAACACAUCCACGUGAAGCAUGGCGGUGGCAUCAUUAUGAUAUGAAGCACAGUGGUGGCAGCAUCAUGUAGUGAAGCACGGUAGAGGCAGUUUCAUGGUGUGAAGAUGAAUGACUUUAACAGAAAUAAACUGCUGGAAUUCAAACAGGAAGUCCCAAAUAGAAAUAAAACGUUGAUAAAAACCGAAACUAAACCUGAUUUUUAGGAGUUUAUUUUUUUUCCUUUACUGCCGUUAAGCUGCAGCUUCCACUGUUUCCUGCAGAAGUUCUGAUGACUUCUGGACCUUUAACCUCCUCAGGCUUCACUGCUUCCCUCCUGGAUUUUAUUAUUCAACACUGAGGAACUUUAUCGACACUCUGCACAAACACUACGGGACUGUUUUCUAUGGGUGCUGCUGCUGCAUGUCUUUGCACUUCAUGUUUAGGACUGUUGGAACCAGACGACCUGCAAACUGCUGCAGCCCAAACCUGAAAACACAGAAACUCUUAUUUAACCCAAGAAAAAACGUAGAAAGGUCCCAGAGCUGGGCAGAAAUCAGACAAAAUCAACUGAAAAAGUAAAAACCAGAAGUAGGGCUUAAUUUUUAUUUAACGUUUUUCAUCAACAAAUGAAAACUAAAUGUUAAAAAUGGAAGACGGAACUUUCAUCACAUUUAUUUUAGAGUUUAAAGAGUUUUUUCCUAGUGUUAAAAGAAAAUGCAUUUUCAUAACUGUCCAAAAUAUUCUUGGUGUCUCAGUAUAUUUUAGUUUUUUCUCAAUUUCUGAAACACAAAAUCAUAUUUCAUAACAUAGCAAGUCGUAAUUAAUAAUUCUGAAUCAAAAAUUCUAAUUUUUUAAAUGUAAAUCAGAAAUAUUCAAACUAUCAUCAAAGUUAGUUAUGAAAAUUUACCUUAAAAAUGUAAAAUAAUCGAUGAUUUCUGUUGUGAAAUGUAGAGAAACUGAGACUUGAAGACAUUUUUGUGGUAAAAAUGUGGUAAAAAUUUUUAAUUCUUAAUAUUCUAGUUGCUCUAAUUUAACAGGUUAAAGUCAAAAUCCCCAAAAUCCGGUUUAAAUUCCAAGAUAUUAAAUCUGGAUUUUAUUUUGGUAACUGAAUCUGAGCUGUUUGAUAUUUCUAAAACUCUCAUUUUUGAUUCUGAAUGAUUUUUUUCAUUAUAAUUUUGAUGAAAUGCAUCAUAAAUGUGGUAAAGUAUGAUUAAAACCAUCAAACAUACUGAACCAGCAUCCUGAGAGAACUCUGUACGGUUUCAGACGUCCAGAUUGAUUCUUUGUGUUUCGGUUUUCAGUUUCUUCGCUCCACAGUUUGCAGGUUUUCGUCGUUUCCGGACUUUUAGCCAAAUAUUUCCUCAAACCGUCGUCAACCAAAACUCUUCAGGAACAAACUGUUUAAAGAACUCUCACUGUAAAUACGUUCUGUCAACGUUUGCUGCUGGAACGUUCCGGGUUCUCUGGUUGUUUUAAACCGUUCCAGGUUUAGAGGCUGAAUGAGAAUUUAAAAAGUGUAAAUGUGAAAACGGCGAAGCCUCAGCGGCGCCUCCUGGUGGCCAACAACAAGCAGAACCAGAGACUGAACAGCUGAACUCAGUAAUAUGCAGGGUAUUUUGUAUAAAGUGUAUGGCUCUAUAUUUGAAGAACUGCUCAUGUUAUUAUUAUUAUUAUUAUUAUUAUUAUUAUUAUUAUUAUUAUUAUUAUUAUUAUUAUUAUUAUUAUUAUUAUUAUUAUUAUUAUUAUUAUUAUUACUCUGAACUGGACACUGAGCACCGACUGUACCUGAAGCUGUGUCAGAUUAUAUAAAACACUUUGUCACUC